CUCAGAAAAGUACUUGACAGAUGUGAAGCUCACACGCUGAGAGUCCAAGUGUCAUUUUAAGGGAGAUCUCGUGUGGUGUUUCAGCCUUUACACUCAAAUCAAUUUUACGGCCGAGUACACAGCCACGACAGGCUGCGCGCUCGCCUGUCCUGAGAACUUGGAGCCAGCGCGGCUUUCUCCGGUACUGCGAACAAGCUGGAUUCCCGCAGCUCUUCGCCAUGUCUGGCGAGCUUUAGAUACUCCAUGGAGCAAGCAAACCUCUACGAGGUCGCCCCACGGCCACUAAUGACCAGCCUUGUACAGAGUCAGCAAACCGCCUAUAGUACCUACAAAGACACCGCUGGAGACCUGAGCGAGAUCUGCGAGAACGAGAACUCCAUCGACAUCAGCGCCUACAUCGACCCUUCAGCCUUUAACGACGAGUUCCUGGCUGACUUAUUCCACAACAGCUCCAAGCAAGAAAAGUUCAAGCUGGCGAGCGGAGACUACGAGUACCCCCACGGCGCCAAUGGCACACCGGGACCCCCGCAGAUGUACGGCUGUCUGAACGGCUACAUGGAUUCCUCCAAACUAGAGCCUAUCUACGAGAGCCAGGCGCGAAUGAGACCCGUGGCCAUCAAACAGGAGCCCCGAGAGGAAGAUGAGCUCGGCCACUCGAUGCCCCCCACAUACCACCACCCUCAACAUCACGCGCCACAUCUGUCGUACCUGCAGCACCAGAUCGCGCACUGCGCGCAAACCACCAUGCAUCUCCAGCCGGGUCAUCCCACACCUCCCCCGACGCCCGUACCCAGUCCCCAUCACCAACACAGCCACCUGCCUGGGGGCUCCAUGAAGAUGGGCGAUCGAGGGAAAUCCAAGAAACACAUCGACAAGAACAGCAACGAGUAUCGGCUGAGGAGGGAGCGCAACAACAUAGCCGUGCGCAAGAGCCGGGACAAGGCAAAAAUGCGCAAUGUAGAGACGCAACAUAAAGUGAUCGAGUUGUCGGCGGAUAACGAGAGACUUCGCAAGAGGGUAGAGCACCUCACGCGAGAACUGGAGACGUUACGGGGCAUCUUCAGGCAGCUUCCCGACGGCUCGUUUGUCAAAGCCAUGGGCAGCUGCGCCUAACAAAGCGAGCUGGACUUUUGAAGUAACUUUUGCGUGAUAUUUACGUCUGCUGGAUAAACGCUGACACAUUCUCAAAGUGUUUCUAUAGGAGCCAGGCAGCUGCGGUAGCCUAUACAUGUGCCUUUUGUACAAAAACAAACGAUAAGCUCAUCUUUUCACAUUUGGACUUGGCUUGUUGUAAGUGUAGUCCUGUUAAGAAUGUGUGUGUGUUAGCUACGCGAAACAUUAUCAGUGCAGCUAAUAUACAAAUACCAGGGGGUUACAUGCGAACCUGAACUACAUUUUGUAGCGACAAACAAAACAAAACAAACAAACAAAAAAACAAAACAAAAAAAAAAAACUUUCCUGCCAUAGCAGGCUGUAUUCCCAUCACACCUGUUGCUGCGUAACAUUCACUGUAUGAUAUUGUUGAUUUAACCUUUGUGCAGGAGGUGGGGUGGAGAUGUUUCAUGGACGACAAAUGUCAAAGCAUAGGACUGGAAUUGGUUUUCACGGUGGUAGGAUAUUUGUCAUUAGCAUCGCAGACUGUAUGCACGAUGUCGUCCCUCUCAACCUGAUGAAGCGCAUUCCAUUGAGAACCUUUUGCCAUGGUUUGGGUACUGAUCUGUAAAACGCCUGUCAGUAUACGCUUUUAGAGUAAACGCUUUGUAUUUAUGCAGUAUGAUUGAUAAAAAUGUGAAAGGGUGCAUAUCUCUAUGCAAUGUUUGUUGCUGUCAUGUGAACAAUUCCGGUGGACGAUCACCGUGUGCUUUCUCACUGGUUUUGCAGUGAAGUCCUGUCUUGCUCUGUAAGCGUGUUCAUUUCAUGAGAAGGUUUUUUUUUUCUACAACAACCCUCGAGCAGAGACCGCUUUCAGUGCCUUUUGAGUUUUUCCUGUCUUCAUCGUCAUCACUCACUGAACAUUUGGACAGAAAUAUAAAGCAAGGAAAAGGAAGCACUUUUUUUUUUUUUUUUUUUUUUU